AGGAGCUUGGCGUGUAGGCGCGCUAUAAUGUGAUAUUAGCGCACAAAAAAGUUGUGUGCUUCUUAUUAAACGAACAGUAUUUCGUCUAUAUCAAAUGUCAAAAAAUGUGGAUAACGUUGGGUUGCAGUUUGUUUGCGAAUUUGGCGAAUAUUACAGAUAAUACAUAAAAUUGGUUUAAACAGAAAUAUGAGUUAGCUAUAAGUUAACCUAAAAAUCUAAAGAUGAAAAAUCACUAGUGUGCGGACAUAAGAACACUAAUAUAAAAGUUAGAAGUGUGUUUUAAUUCAACAGCUUUGAACAUACACAUUAUGGCAUUGUUGAACAAACUUUUUUUUCCAACGGCCAAUACAUCUACUAUUUCUACUACAAACUCACUUGCAACGUCUGCAUCGACGUCUGGUACUUCUUCAACAUCUCUUCUUGGUAUAACUUCUGUUCCAGCAGUUUCCUCAGUAAAAUCUUUAGAAAACUCACGAACUUCAGAGUCGAUUUUCAGAGGAAUAAGUGGAGUAACUAGUCAACGCACACAUAACAAUAAUCAAGCGGUACACUCCAAAAAUUAUUUAAGCCAAUUUCCAUUUGAUGGUCGACAAGUGCGAGUCCUCCUUUAUCGAGAAUGCGACAAGACCGGGCGCAAAUUGUUGUUCGACUCCAACGCACUACAAAAAGUGACACUAAAGGAAACAAAUGGUAAUAUUGGCAAAAGCGGUACUGAUCGCUUUACAAGAUUCAGUCAAUACACUACAAACAAUCGCAAUCGAAAUGGUAAUGCGAAUAGUGGUAAAUCUCAAGCCUAUAAAACACAUUCCAGUAAUAGUUUCAUUGAAGUUUGUGAAGAAUAUGGCUAUAAGCAUGUACAACCAAACUCUGCAGAAUUUACUAAUAUUGGAGAAAUGGUAUUCGGAGCGUCGGCUAUGUCCUUUCGCGGAACAGCUUUCAAAGUACAUUGGUUACAACAGCCACCUCGUAUCUUAUGUUCGCAAGUUUUUCUCACACCAGUCUAUUCUGGUAACGGUCAUUCGCCAUACUCGACUAUUUCCACAAACAGUUUGGCCACACCACGUACUUCUAUCUCUAGUGAACAUGGCUCGAUGGACAACUUUUCGAUGAGUUCUUUUUCAAUGCUGGGUUAUCCUUUGAGCAUUGGCCGACAAUUUAGCCUAACUCCAAGUGAUCGUAAUAGUUUUAUAACUAGCCCGCUCGAUGUACCAGAUCAACAGUCAUUAUCAACAGCUUCUGAUGGUGGUAGAGCGGAUAGUGGACCACGUUUUUCUUCAACAUACAGCACUGUUACCGAUUCGGGUUACGAUGGCAUGAGUAGAAGUCAAAUGUCCAGCGAUCAAUGGUCAGCAUCGUAUCAGUACUCUACACGCAGUAGUCUCGGCUCCAUGUCGUCGGAGCAAAUAGACACAUUGCAAAAAUACAAUUUUGAGUCAAUAUAUUUUGCAUAUACACCAUUGUUCGACGAUAAUACAAGUGACGGUAGCCUUCAGCGUCGCAUCUCUCGUAAUCUACGCACAUCGUUCGAGAAUGAACAUAUAUCGGGUUAG